CCUAGAGAGAGAGCCCAAAAAAGUAAAAGUAGAAUUACCAGAUGCCAAAGGUGAAAGUGAAAGGUUGGCUUAGGGUAAAACCGGAGCAAUGUACAGAGCGGUAAAAUCUGGUCAGGUACUGGACUGCUGUUCUUGUUGGAAUGACGGUGGUACGACGCCGUUUAUAGAACCACCAGACAAGUUGCGAUGCAACCGUAAUGACGGCAAGGGCUGGCGUUGCAACCGCUGGAGGAUCCAGGACAAGAUGUGUUGUGAGCUCCAUUACCUCCAAAACGUCCACAAGUCGAGGAAGGAGAAGAAGAAGAGGCAGAAGGGAAGGGAAGAUGUAAAUAAGGCUCAAAGCAGCGGAUUUUCUGUUGCUGCGAAGAGGCGUCGCCGUGAAGAUUAUGAAGCGGAAGAAGAAGAGGACGUUAUUGCGGCGAAGAGGCAGAGGAAGAAAUUGAUACUUGAAGAGAAGUCUGGGGUGACAUCGGUGAAUAAAGGGAAGAGUGUGGAUGCCAAAUUUGGUAUUUUGAAGAAGGAGAGUAGUGCGGCAGAGAGGCCUAAAGAAGAAGACGAAGACGAAGAGGUGAUUUCUGAGGAGGAAAAGAAGAAAAAGAGUUUAUUAAAAAAGAAGACGAAGCUAGGUGAGGUUGAGGCUUCGAAGGAGCAGAAGGGGAAAAAAGGGAAUGGUGUAGAGAUUAAGGAGAAGAAACAGAAGAACAAGAGUGAAGGAGUGAAAUUGUUGGAUAGGAAAGCUAGGAGUAAAGAGAAGCUAAGGAAACUGUUCAAAUGGGAGAAGGAGCUUGAUAAUGUUGUGGACAAUUUUUUUCAGCAACAGUUGAUUACAAGUGGAACCAAAAGGAAACGUAGUAGUAGUGAUACCAUUAAUCUUGCCAAAGCCGAUCUUAAGGAGGAAGUUAAUUAUUCAUCAUGCCAUCAAUGCCGGAAGAGUGAUAGAAAGGUGGUUAUGUGCCGAAAAUGCAACGAUAAAUGCUAUUGUUCCUCUUGCAUUAGGAGAUGGUAUCCUAAAAUGUCAGAGGAAGCAUUGGCAGAGGCCUGCCCAUUUUGUCUGGGACAUUGCAAUUGCAAAGCGUGUUUGCAAAGAACUGAAACAAUUAAUGAUGCCAAAAGUUCAGGAAUGCCAGUAAAUAGAGAUGAAAAGGUCAAGCACUUGAAGUAUCUCAUACAUGUUCUGUGUCCCUUCCUGAGUCAGUUUAAUUGUGCUCAAAUGAUGGAAAAAGAGAUGGAAGCAAAUAUUCAAGGGUUGUCUUUGUCAGAGCUAGAGUUGCAGCAGGCUGUUUGUCAUAGUGAUGAGCGUUCAUAUUGCAAUAACUGUUCAACUUCUAUAGUUGAUUUCCAUAGGAGUUGCCCAAAUUGUUCAUAUGAUCUUUGCCUUACUUGCUGUCGUGAAAUUCGUGAUGGCUGCUUGCGAGGUGGAGAUGAAAUGUUGGUUGAAUAUUGGGACCGGCAGAAGGCUUGCUUACAUGCUGGAGAACCUGAUCCAACAUCUUCAGAAGAGAGCAAAUCUUAUAGCAGAAUUAAGUCAGAUUUGGAACAUUGUAGGAGGGCGAUAUCUGAGUGGAAAGCAAAGGAAAAUGGUGACAUCCCUUGUCCACCAAAAAACUUGGGUGGAUGUGGACAUCACCGUUUGGAGCUAAGGAGCAUUUUUCCAGAUGGUUGGGUUUUAGAAUUGAAGGAUAAAGUAAACAAGUUACUUAAAAUCCAUAAACUUAGUGAUGUGCCAAAAUAUUCUAGGGAACGCUGUCAAUGUUCUAGAUCAAAUGGUGAUAUCAAAUCCAGUAAUAAGAAUUUGCGGAAUGUUGCCUCUCGAAAAGAUUCUAGAGACAACUAUCUGUACUGCCCCUCAGCUAUUGAUAUCCAACAGGGGGAUCUGGACCAUUUCCAGGCACAUUGGAUUAGGGGAGAACCCGUGAUUGUCAGAGAAGUUCUCAAUUUAACCUCUGGCUUGAGCUGGGAGCCAAUGGUUAUGUGCCGUGCAAUUUGUGAGAUAACAUAUGCUGGUUCUUCAGAUUUGGUGGUGAAAGCAAUUGAUUGUCUUGACUGGUGUGAGGUUGAGAUAAAUAUUCGCCAAUUUUUUAAAGGGUAUUCAGAUGGUCGCGCUCACUCUAACUUAUGGCCUGAGAUGCUCAAGCUUAAAGAUUGGCCUCCAUCUAAUCUCUUUGGAGAGUGCUUACCGCGCCAUAAUAUGGAAUUUAUCAGUGCCUUGCCAUAUUUAGAGUAUACAGAUCCUCACUCUGGCAUUCUGAAUGUUGCUGCAAAGGUGCCCUCAAAUAUACUGAAACCAGACUUGGGACCAAAAACUUAUAUAGCUUAUGGAUUUGCUGAAGAGCUUGGACGUGGAGAUUCUGUGACCAAGCUUCACUGCGACAUGUCGGAUGCAGUGAAUAUUUUAAUGCAUGCUGCUGAAGUUACCAUUCCUCCGCAUCAGCUCACUGAAAUAGAAACAUUGAGAACUAUCCACGCUGCCCAUGAUCAAGGGGAGCAUUUUGGUGAUAUAGAUUUGGAUCUUCAAAAUGUUGAGGACCACUUGGACAUGAAAGAGAAGGUCAGUUCACAACAAGAUAAGAUUGCAUUACAUGAUGAAGGUUCACUCUUAGGUUUGGAAAAUGCCAGAUUCUGUAUAGAGCCUGAGGAUCAUACUUUUCACUGUGAUGUUUAUGAAAAGCAAAGUGAGAGUGCCAUUGCCUCUGCUGCAUCUGAGAAUGCAAAUCCCUCAGACAAUAGAACUGAAACCGGUGAAUAUACUUCUGUUUUGUCUUCUGAAUUUGCUGAACUCCCUGCAAGCUGCAAGGAAACAGAGGAUCCAGAUGUGACAAGAGUUGAUAGCGAUUGUUGUGACACAUUAGGCCUUAGACAUAAGGAGAAAGGUUACUCUGCUGUGGUCACUGAUACUGAAAACUUUGCAGGGGAAGAUAACAGCUUUGACAAACUGCAAGAUGUCAAAGGUCAUGAAACAUGUGGAUUUUCUUGUCUGACAUUAGAAAAGAAAAUUGACCCCGAUCCAUUGAGGGAAGCUACAAAAGAUGGGAGAGAAACUCAUGGUAGAAGAACAAAUGGUUUGAAAUCAAAAAAGGGCUUUAAAUCUAAGUUGAAAAUAUUGUCAAAAGCCAUUCAAUUGGAGGAAGAACAGGAAAUUGAAGUAGGGGAAAAUGGUGAAAUAAUUAAAGAGGGUGGAUUGAAAGCAUCAGAGGGUGGUGCAUUAUGGGAUAUUUUUCGGAGACAAGAUGUAUCUAAGCUCCAAGAAUACCUAAAGAAACACCAUAGGGAAUUCAGACACACUAAUUGCUCUCGGGUAGACCAGGUUGUCCACCCUAUUCAUGAUCAAACUUUCUACCUGAAUACAAAUCAUAAAAGGAAGCUGAAGGAGGAGUUUGGAGUUGAGCCAUGGAGUUUUGUGCAGAAUCUUGGAGAGGCAGUUUUUAUACCUGCUGGAUGUCCCCAUCAAGUAAGAAAUCUUAAGUCAUGCAUAAAGGUUGCGCUUGACUUUGUUUCUCCUGAAAAUAUCCCUGAGUGUGGCCUUUUGACUGAUGAAUUCCGCACUCUUCCCCAUAACCACAGGUCUAAGGAAGACAAACUUGAGGUUAAGAAAAUGGCCCUUCAUGCAUUAAGCGUGGCUUCAGAGGAAUUGGAGCAGCUCCAAGAUGAGUAGCUGUUGAGGAUGUUCUCAUGGUAUUUAACUUUUUAAUUUAUUAUCCUUUUGUUUUUGGUUCCUAUUCCAAGGAGCGGAUGGAGUCCAGGUUUCUUACAAAUUACUUGUAAAUAGAAUCUUGUCCUUGGAGGUCUUUGCCAUUUUGUACAGCCAAGGAACACCGUUCUCAUUGAAAACGAAGUAUCAACUGCUUAUCUCUUAAGCCUAUAUGUUCUCCACUGUAAGAAAUGGGAUGCUGGUUCAAUUUGUGGCUUCGAAUACUAAAGAUGAUUAUAGAGUUAUUAGAAAGAUGGGUUUGACAAA